AUGACAGGCUCCGGUCUCGACGAAGAGAGAGCCAGUCUCUUUGGCGGCACACGUUUCUGGAUCUCCCAGAACGUCCCCCAACGAACAAGAUUCAAAGAGAUGAUCACACAUCAUGGAGGUUGUGUUGUGCUGUUAGAAAAAGAUGCCGACGUAAGACUAGUCGAUCACACAAGGAAGAAUCUGCCUUCCGACACAUUUUCCUAUCAAUACGUCGAACGGUCAGUUCUUCGUGGUCGUCUCGAAAACCUCGAGUCUCACAGAGCUGGUCCUUCUGCACCGCGCCCAAUGGGUGCUUCCAAUAUCCCCAAAAAGGGCACAAGAAGACCCUUCUCGCUGCAAGAUGAUCAGAUUGUCUUUGACUGGCUUGUACCGUUUGAGAAAGAUCCACGUGCUCCAACAAAUGGCCGAAAAAUCUAUGAGAAGCUAGAAGAAAGAUUCCCACAACAUACAUGGCAAUCCUGGCGAACUCGCUACUUGAAAAUACUACGAGGAAAGCCACGACCAGGAGGUGGUACGCCGAGACCUGAAUUAAUUUCUAAGAUUUCCGAGGAAGAGCCGCAUGGUGAAUCUGCCCCGGCGAUACUGUCACAGAAAGCAACCUCCACAUCCCCAGAUGCUUCUCAGACAAUAUCAAGCUCAAGCACUAGAAUCAAGCGCAGUGUUCCUGACGCAGGACAAGAACACGAUAUAUCCGCUGAAUCAUCGCCAAUGGGUUCUCAUGAGGAGAAUCCUACUGCAAAGAAGCAAAGGACUCAUGGUCCUUCGCUCCCUCUUUCUUCUAUAUCAAACGAGCCUCAGUUGCCUGAACGGGCAAUACCAUCGUCCUCAUUUCACAGCUCUGAGUCACCGCCUCCUGUGAAAGCAUCCCAAGAACAAGGCACAAUGACUGUCCUGGAAGAACAGCUUCAAGGACUAGUGAACCCGACAUUUCUUGAAAUGCCGUUUCUACCGUCAUCUUCUGAGCCAGAAGAUGAGGACGAUGCAGUCGACAGUGACUCAACCGAGUAUUUAAGCUUAAACCAGUGGAUCAAAGCACAAGUCGAUCGAGGCUCAGAGACGUCGAUCGUGCUCAAUGCCCUACGUGCCUCUAGCAUGAAAAGGGUCACAGCCAAGAAACUGAUAGAAAUAUUACGUGAUGGUAACGACAUACCCAACAACAUUCAGGGUGUAUGGACAGGUGAAGAUGACGAGUGCUUAGAAGGCCCGGAUGCCCGGGGCAUAGAGCGAGUACUCACCAAGCAUGGGCAAUCUGCGUGUAACGCGAGAUGGGAGUAUCUUAGCAUGGCCCGGGAGAGAGGUCUUCUUUGA